GUCUGAUAUCGCGUGCAGACCACCGCCGCCAGUGUGGAUGUUCGUCUAUAUAGUGGCCGCGCGCGCUUUACCUACGAUAUCCGAAAAAUCGUAAACAUAAACGAUAUAAUAUCAUUAUCCGCUCACAACAUACACCUACGACGAGUGCGCCGCAUUCCGGUCGUUGUCCGUAUUUUACUACGGUAUAAUAUUCGUUUACAAUCGCCGUCAAAGGUCCGCGCCGCGGCGGCCUAUUCGCCGCGCGAUUUCCGACUGCUGCGCUGCAGGUAACGAGUGCGCGGUUUCGACGAGACGGGAGCCGCCGGAACAUUGACUUCCGAACAGUGUGUCCGGUGCGAAAAACGGUGGUCCGGUGCCGGUUAUCAUAACAAUAACAACUGCAAUAACAUUAUACAGUCGUAUCUAUUUCGUAUAACAUAAUAUAUACGUAUAACUAAAUUGUUGUCGUCUUCGUCGUUAUCGUGUCUAAUCGGAACCCCGGCGACCGUGCGGCAGUCCGCGGUGGUUCUUCAGCGAUAUUUUUAAACUUCCAAUUUCAUAAAAAAUUGCUAUGUUUUUUUGGCGAUUUUUUGCUCGUGACUUUUUUUUAAAAUCCAUUUGUUGACGGUCGCACAGAUCACGUGUGCCGCUGCUAAUCGGAAAAUCAUAUUUUUUCAGACGAUUUUUUACAGUUAUACUCAAUGAUGUACGAAAGCGCAUGUUCGUACCAAAGUGCAUUAGACCUAAAAAGGGUGGCGAUGUCAUCACCACCUAGUAUAAAAACAGAAAACGAUUGUCUUCCAACUACUACUCCACAAUGGCCAUCAGUAGGAGUGGCUAGUUGUGCUUAUAGGUUUGCAUGUAAUUCCACGUUUGAGCAACUCAAACAGUCAGUAGAAAAGGCAAAAGCUGCAUUACAGGAUCGUGGAAGUUACUUAUCAUCGUGUGACUUAGGUACGUCUCCUUUUUGUCCAGCAACGCCAUCAUCUAGGACGCCAGUGUCCACUCAUCCAACUACCAAUUCACUCGAUUUAUUUCAGGAUGAACAAAAUAAUACCGACAAACGAAACAAUUACAUUGAUUCAUCAAAUAGCAGAUAUGAUAAAAGCUCUGGAUUGAUGCAUUUAUCAUCGUCUACUUCAAAUGGUUUAUCUUCUGUAGGAAAAUCAUCAUCGUAUUUGCCAUCAUCCAUAUCAGAAUCAUUUAGAUCGUCAUCUAAAUCAGAUACUCAUUAUAAAGGAUCAUGGAGUACACAUUCAUCAGGGCAAACACAAGAUCCAUAUCAAAUGUUUGGGGCCACAAGCAGUCGAUUAGCUAGUUCUGGUUCUGGUCAAAUACAAUUGUGGCAAUUUCUAUUGGAAUUAUUGUCUGAUAGUAGUAAUGCAGCAUGUAUAACGUGGGAAGGUACGAACGGUGAAUUUAAGUUAACCGACCCAGAUGAAGUAGCACGUAGAUGGGGUGAAAGGAAGUCUAAGCCAAACAUGAACUACGACAAAUUAAGCAGAGCAUUAAGGUAUUAUUAUGAUAAAAAUAUCAUGACCAAAGUUCACGGAAAAAGGUAUGCAUACAAGUUCGACUUUCAAGGGUUGGCAGCAGCAACUCAACCAGCUGCUGCAGAUCCAUCUGCGUACAAAUAUCAAUCAGACUUAUUCAUGACAACCUAUCACCACCAUCAUCAUCAUUCUCCGAAAUUAAACUUCAUUUCACCUCAUGCCCCUGGAAUAACGUCUACUGCAGGUAGCAUAUUUCCAUCGGCGUCAUCGUAUUGGACCAACCCAGGUGCCAAUCUUUACUCGAACAUUGCCGCCGCGUCUGCGUCGCAUUCUAUGGGCCAUCAUCACCACCACCCAGGCGCAAGUACCGGUGUCAGUCACCACACGGGAGUCUCACCGCACCUGGCAAACUACUCACACUACGCGUCACCAUGACCGACGGAUGUACACUGGGCCGCCAGGUCGCUGCCAGGCACCACAGCCCGGGCUCCACAUCCAUACAAGCACACCGAAUGAAUAAUUCCUAGUGGCCCUAGUCAUCAUUUACGUUCUUAAUUUAUUACAACAUUGUUUUUCAUUCGUUGUAAUAAUCCAGCGAAAACAUAAGUCCACUUUCAAACCGUUAUACUAUAUCAUAUUUUAUGUAGGUAUAACGAUAAUAAUAAUAAUAAUAAUAAUAAUACGAUAUAAUUAUAUAUCUGACACACAAUUAGAAUCUCACCAGAGUGGAAAGAAGGGCCUACGAAAAUGCAUAUUAAUUUCAUGGUACGCAAAUAAAUUUUAAUUAUAAAAAUACCUUUCGUCUGUGCAGCCGCUAAGUGUUGAUUAGUUUUAGUGUAUUAAAAAGUUCUUACAAGACGAAAAAACUGACACGCACACCCACACACACACACUACACAGGUUAUGAGCUCAUGACAAUCAACUCGUAUCAACAAUGUACAGAAUACAACACAUAAAAGUAUUAACUAAAAGUUCUCAUGCUAAUCAACAUCAUAACUGUAAUUUGUACUUUGAUUUAGAACUACGUACAUACCUGUACAUAUACUACAGGUAAGCGUUUAAACGUACUACUGAUACAUUUUAUCGGUCAAUUUUGUGUUUAAAAAACGAUAAUUUUUAUUUAGCUGAUUCUGUGAACUUAUCAAAAAAUUAUUAAUUUUUACUAUUUAUUAUGGUUGUAACUUUUAGGUUUUUAACCUUUUUUUAUUAACAACUCAUUACUUUAAUUUGAGUAUUUUACCAGCCUAUGCUUAUCUAACUUAACCAAGAUUGUCUGAGAAAAUGAGUGUAGUGGUACUAAUGUAUUAAAUGCUUUAAACUGUAUGUGAUGUGUUAAACAACUCGUGAUAAUUCUAUACAAGUACAAACUUAAAAUCAUAUAUUCUUAUUUUUGCCUUGAGCAAUAUUAAUUAUAUAAUAAUAUAGCCUACCACUUAUGUACGUACUUUUAUUGAAAAAUAAAUAUAAUAUACUAAAAUAAUAAUCAUAAAUUAAAUAAUUAAAAGCAACUAGUACAAACAGAGUUUUAACAAAAGUAUUAUUAUUUUAUUUUAUAAAAACAAAUUUAAUUUAAAUGCUUAUAACUAUAAUAAACUGAACACUCAGAUAUUAAUGAUAUAUAUUAAAGAUAAAUGCAUUCCUUGAAUCAGUGAAAAACCAAAAUUAUUAUUCCAAUAGAAUUUACAAGUACAAAUGUUAAUAUACUAAUAAUUGUUAUUUCCUAUUUACUGCAAAUACUAUAUUGGAAUAUCAAUAUUAUUUAACAUAAUAUAACACUUAUUCUAGUCAUUUUGUGAUUAAAACUGGCAAUUCAGAUCUCGUUUCUUGAUAAACAAAUCCCUUAUUUGUAUUAAACAACAGUAUUUAUUAUUA